UAUAAUGCGGACUACCAGGUCUCAGUCCCGAUGCCAAAGCCAGAACACCAUCAACUUUCCAAAGCGGAAAUCCAUAAGAACACCACAUAAACAGCAAGAGAAUGAAAGAGCUUCAAAGCUGGACCCAACAACGCCGGCUGCUUCACCACACUCCUCCCAGAAACAGGUCUUGCCUCUCAGCCCUCGCAAGCGCCUAGGGGAUGACAACCUCUGCAAUGUGACCCAGGUGCUGUCUUGCUCCCCGACCAAGCAAAGCAAGAAAGAGAACAGCUUGUUGCCUGCCUCUCCCAAGGGACGACGUUUGCUCUUCAGUGAACAGUCAGCCGCCAAGUCUCCAGCGAAGAGUGGCGAUUUAGCCCUCUCUCCUCUUCGUAGGUGCCAGGAGACCCCCAAGACUCCUCUGCGAGGGCGCACUAGGAAAGAGUUGGUGUGUGCUCGUCUCUUUAAGCAAGAAGGCACCUGUUACCAACAAGCCAAGAGCCUCCUGCACACUGCUGUCCCAGACCACCUACACACAAGAGAGAAGGAGACAUGCUUCCUGCAUCAGUUCCUCAAGGAGCAUGUCUGUGGAGAGAAGCCAGGAAGUCUUUAUAUCUCUGGAGCCCCAGGCACGGGGAAGACCGCCUGCCUGGGCAGGGCCCUGGAGGACUUGAAGAAGGAGCUGGCGGGCAGCAAGGUCAUCGUCCUGAACUGCAUGGCCCUGCAGAGCUCCCAGGCUGUUUUCCCUGCCAUCGCCGAGCACCUAGGCCUGGCAAGAGCGGACAAAGCUGCCCGGAGCGACGUCAUCAGGAAGCUGGAGAAGCGGUUGAUGUCAAAAAGUGGCCCUAUGGUUUUGAUUGUGCUGGAUGAGAUGGAUCAGCUGGACAGCAGGGGGCAAGAUGUGCUCUACACCGUGUUUGAGUGGCCCUCCCUCCCCAGUUCCCGGCUAGUUCUCAUUGGGAUAGCCAAUGCUCUGGAUCUCACCGAUCGCAUCCUGCCCCGCUUGCAGGCUCACCCCAAGUGCCGGCCCCAGCUGCUCAACUUUUCCCCCUACAGCAAAGACCAGCUUGCCUCCAUCCUCGAGGAACGCUUGAAGCCGGUGUCAGGAGAGCAGGUGCUGGACCAAGCCGCCAUCCAGUUCUGCGCUCGGAAAGUCUCAGCCAUCUCUGGGGAUGCUCGCAAAGCGCUGGACAUCUGCAGGAGGGCCAUUGAGAUUGUGGAGUCUGAUGUGAAGAGCCAAACCGUCCUUAAACCGCUGUCUGGCUGCGCGUCCUCUUCAAAACUAGCUACAGAUUCUCCAGUGCCCAAACGGGUGGGCCUGCUCCACAUCUCCCAGGUGAUCUCCGAUGUGUACGGCGACCGGAUGACGGCUGGAAGAAGUUGCAGAGACACCGAUUCCUUCCCGCUGCAACAGAAGAUCCUGGUCUGUUCUCUUCUAUUUCUGGCUAAGCAACAGAAAGCAAAGGAGGUGACCCUUGGGAAGCUGCACGAGGCGUACAGCAAGGUUUGCCGGAAGCAGCAAGUGGGAGCUCUUGACCAGUCAGAAUGCCUCUCCCUGUCCUCACUCUUGGAGUCCAGAGGCAUCGUGGGGCUGAAGAAGGCUAAAGAUGUCCGGCUGACGAAGGUUUUCCUGAAAAUAGAAGAAAAGGAUAUCGAGCAUGCCCUCAAAGACGGCAUCUUGGUUGGAAGCAUCUUGGCUGGGGGGCUUUGA